AUGGAUCGAAAUAUGAGAUCAACUUAUGUAAACAGCGGACCGAGAUCUCUUCCUCACAUUGGCAGCAAACGACACAAUGGAAAUGGCCACAGUGCACCACGGCUCAGCCCACCAGCUCCAACAACAGUCAACAUCCAUAAUAAUAACAAUAUCAGCUGCAACCAACACGAUGAUCUCAUUAAUUACAUUUAUGACUCUUGGAAUAAAGUGACACGCGAGUUGGAAAGAGGAAGCGAAGAUGCAAAGUACUAUCAGGAACUUCCACCGAGGCAGCUGGCUAACUUCAGACCAUUUGAUCUCGAGGAGUGGUGGGGACGUCGUCUUAUUCAGUCGAUAAACAGGAACAAACACCGCUCUUAG